AUAACAGAUUAAUCUUCAUCCUACCUCACUCCACCUAUCAGUUGGAAAAUUAUUUUUUUACCUUUCACAUUAUUCGAGUGUAUCAUAUCGUUCACUUCCUUGUCCGAAACAGAAACCGUUCCUUGGGACAUGAAGAAACGUUUUUCCCUGAACCGAUUCGCCUCACUUCCAACGAGAUUCAAGUCCCGGAUCCACAAGGUCAACGGUGUCCAGCAAGAUGGAACCUCCACGAAGACCCUGGACAUCGCCAAAUGGCUCCAGAACCUCGACCUGGAGGAGUACAGGGAGAACUUCUCCAAGUUCGGUGGGGUGGAAGACAUCUUGGACCUGAGCGAGACGGAUAUAAAAAAUUUGGGAGUUAAGAUUUCCUCUCACAGAGCUCUGAUUGUACACAGCUUGACGGUGCUAAGAUCAAAAUAUUAUGAUAAUUUCGAGAAGAAUCGCAUCAUCAAGCAGCCAAGUCUUAGACACAGUGUAGCCGUUGAUUCAAACAAGGUGGAGGAUGACGAUGUCCUGACAGACUUGACAACGGUCUCGGAAGUAAUCCAGAGCAAAAGUCUCAAUAAUUUGAUUAUGGAGCCCAUGGCAGACACCUCCAUGAGCGCCCAGGAGCUCAAGAAGGCCCUGGAGUGGGAGUUAUCGCUGGACAGCAGGGAUCUGAGAUCUCACGCCUGGUACCACGGUGCGAUACCGAGAUCCAGGGCCGAAGAUAUCGUCAGGGAGGAAGGAGGUUUCCUGGUGAGAGACUGCACCUCGCAACCUGGUAACUACGUGCUGACCUGCAGGACCAAAGGCCAGGCUCUUCAUUUCGUCAUCAACAAGCUGGUGAUUCAGCCUGAUACUGUAUACGAAAGGGUCCAAUUUCAGUUCGAAGAUGAUGCCUUCGACACCGUCCCUGACCUCAUCACCUUCUACGUCGGAUCCGGCAAGCCGGUCACCUGCCUGUCCGGUGCCAGGAUUCAGUUCCCCAAGAACCGGAUGUACCCCCUCUCCUUCUACGCCAGCAAGUACCCCACUCCCCUUCCCCAGAGCAGACUCACCUCGCCGGCGACGACGCCCAUCGGCCACCCCUCCAGCCCGCCCACCAGGUACGGCAGGGACAAUGCUCCCCGACUCCCCUCCAAGAAGCAGAGGUCGCACUCCCUAACCCCCAGCGAGGUGCACAGGGCGAGCCAGGAAAAGUGCAACAGCGCUGACGGCGUCCUCAUGACCAGAUCUGCCGGACCCGUCGACUCCUCCUCCAGGUUCUCCACGCACUCGCUGCCGCGGGCGACGCACACAAAGCUGUCGCUCUCGGUCAGCUCGAGCACGCUGGGUAGGAACGGGAGGGUGAUGACCAGCGAUCCUGCGCUGUCGCCUUGUGCAGAGAGGAAGCUGUUCGACGAGGAGGAUUCGCUUCUUUCGGAGUCACCGCCGCCGAAGCCGUCUAGGGUGCCGGGGAUGCACCGGACGGAGUCCAGGGACUCGGACGUGACGGACUACCAACACGCCUGCACGGGCUUCCUUACACAUGGCGGAGUGCAGAGGGUCACUUCGUACCACGCUUCCGGUUCAGACUCUGGAAACGGCAGCGGCGAUUCGGCUCUCAGCUCUGCUGCAGGUGACCCAAUAGAAAACCAAAGAAACUCAGGAGUGAUAAUCAAAAACCCCAGAUAUAACAUGUCCACCUCCGAAUCGUCCACGACGCUCAAGAACUUCGACUUCGACCCGCAGGAGAUCGAGCAGAAGCUGUUGGAGCGAUGCAAGGCUGAGUACCCGACCCUAUCCAGGUUCGACCUGGAGAACUACCAGACCCUCCUGCUCCCCGUAAGCGAGAACAAACCCCUCGAUGCUCAAGCCCUCAGGGGCGUCAAGAUGAUACUGAAAGACUGCGGUUCCCGGAUACUGGCCAACCACCUGACCAGGACGGACCUGGACGUGAUAUUCAAGCAGGAGGAAACGGAUGGCGUGGUGCUGAAGAGCGGUUUGGAACUGUGCACGUUGCCGCACGGUCACCAGUUCAGGCUAGAUCUCAUAGAAAGGACGGAGUGCUUGAAGUUACUAGUUGCAGUUACCAUUUUAACGUGCUCUGACGAGAAUGAAAGGACAGAAACUUUAUAUAAGUGGAUCGAAAUAGCGAUAGACACCAAAACAGCCCUCGGGAACCUGUUUGGUUUCUGCGGUAUCAUGCUUGGUCUAUGCUUGCCACAGAUCGAGAGGCUACACACGACGUGGCACAUGCUUCGUCAGAAACACACGGACGUGGCCUUCAACUUCGAGUCGAAACUAAGGCCGACACUGAAGAACAUGAACAAUUGCUCAAACCCCCAAGCACCUAACACCACCAUACCACAUCUCCUGCCUCUCGUCAUACUGCUGGAACGCGGGCUGGAGGACUUCCGCUCCACGGGCGACCACAACAGCCUGAGCAGCAGCGGCCUAGGGCUGCGCGAGCACAACUCCCAAGACUUUGGCCUCACGGCCCUCUUGAACCAUCUGCAGGCAGCCCGGAAGUACGUUGACCAGAGCGCCAACUACCUCAGGAACGCGGAAAUCGUGAUGGCGGAGGCGCGAAUGGACGACAUCACCUUGGGCAUCUUCCACACGGAGUUCCACCUCAAGUUCCUGUGGGGCAGCAGAGGGGCGGUAGCAGAUGCGACGGACAGACACUCCAAGUUCGACCAGAUACUGACAGUGAUGUCCGAGAAGUUCUGCAACCUCGGCGACGACUCCGAAGUGUAACUUUUGUGAUUUUUUGUACAUAGGAGGCGGGUCCGGAUGGGUUGACGGCGCGACUGGCUGGUUGCCGGUUUGGAGGCGUUUGGAUCUUCAAACGGACGAGUUCAAAUGGGCCUUAUUGAACUGAGAACCGUUUGACUGUUUCACUUUAGCUUUAAUUCAUUUCCGGGAUCAAUUCAGGUUUUUUACUGAUGCAGAUUAAAUUUCCACAAAAUCUCAAUGAACUUGCUGAUUUUUGUCGGUUUAGUUACACCAUUUGUAACUCUGGAACAGGUUGAACUACAGAUGUGCCAUUCUCACGGUUCUUGUUGAAUUUGGUCUGUUAUGUUGAUCCAAACAUUCAUUUUGGUGGCUACUUUUAAUCAAUAAAUUGCAGAUACAGGGUGAUUCACCGGGAUGGCCUAUUAGACGUUUAUGGAAAACUAAUCAUAAUUUUGAGCUGAAAAUUUGCAUAUUGGAGUUUGAGACAAUGAUCUUUCUCCCUAAAAUAUUUUUAGAUCUCUACAACUUCCGGUUAUACCGAAAACAGACUACUACUUCCUUAUUUCGAAAGGCACACCCAGUAUAUUAUUGCAUCAUUAGAUAGCUUUUUUGAUGGCAAUUUCGGCAAUAUGCCAUACCUUGGGUAAAAAUUCAACGGUUCAUGAGUUAUUGGGAUUCUUAUGAAAAAAAAGGUAGCGAUGAGAACUCUCAUUUUUUUGAAAAUUUCAGCAGAAAAAGCUUUUUUCGAAAAAAAUUUUUUCUUUUUCGAUUCCGCAAAUACGUAGUAUAAUAAGACUGUUUUCGGCUUGGACCAAAUAUGUACAGGGUGGUUAUAAGAGGAUCAUGAACUUGGACAACUCAAAUUCAUCAAAACUCAAGAUUUUCAAAUUAGAACCUAUAUUUUUUAUUAUUUCAGUCGAUACUACGUCCAAAAAUAGUGGGGGUUACCUAAGCAAACCCUAUACCUAAAAUGAAUACUUCAAGAGUUAUCGGGGAAGAACUUCAAAUGAGGAAAAACCGCUAUUUAUAACUGUGUUAAUAACUGUCUGUUACUUCCGGAAAACACAGAAAGAAACUAAAAUUCGAUGUUUGGAUAACUAAAUUUUAAAUUUCAUGAAUUUCAAUUGAUUUUUCGUUGGGAUUGUUGAGAAAUCCAUAAACCAAUACAAUUUUCAAUUACGAAUAAUUCAUUACAAUUCUUGAUAUGUCAAAUUUAGUUAUGAAAACAUCGAAUUUUAGUUUCUUUCUGUGUUUUUCGGAAAUCGCAGACUACUCCACACCGUUAUAAAUAGCGGUUUUUCCUCAUUUAAAGUUCUUCCUCGAUAACUCUCAAAGUAUUCAUUUUAGGUAUAGGGUUUGCUUAAGUAACCCCCACUAUUUUUGGACGUAGUAUCGACUGAAAGAACAAAAAAUAUAGGUUCUAAUUUGAAAAUCUUGAGUUUUGAUGAAUUUGAGUUGUCCAAGUUCAUGAUCCUCUUAUAAACAACCUGUACAUUUUUGGCCCAAACCGCAAACAGUCUUAUAAUACUACGUAUUUGCGGAAUCGAAAAAGAAAAAAAUCUUUUUGGAAAAAGCUCAUUCUGCGGUAAUAUAAAAAAAAUGUGAGUCCUCAUCGCCACCCUUUUUUUAUAAGAAUCCCAAUAACUCAUGAACCGUUGAAUUUUUCUCCAAGGUAUGGCAUAUUGCCGAAAUUGCCAUCAAAAAAGCUAUCUAAUGAUGCAAUAAUAUACUGGGUGUGCCUUUCGAAAUAAGGAAGUAGUAGUCUGAUUCCGGUUUAACCGGAAGUUGUAGAGAUCUGAAAAUAUUUUAGGGAGAAAGAUCAUUGUCUCAAACCCCGAUAUGCAAAUUUUCAGCUCAAAAUUAUGAUUAGUUUUCCAUAAAUGUCUAAUAGGCCAUCCCGGUGAAUCACCUUGUAUAAACUUGUUGAUUAAAGAACCAAAUGAUGGAGAGAACAGUUAACGAUUGCUAUUUACAAAAGAGUUUAUUGUGCGGUCAACCUGACGCAGCGCAGUUUCCAUAUUUGUCGAUUUUGAAUUUGAUUUAUUUGGGAGCUGACUAGCAUGUUUAUGUUCCGACAUAUCAAUUGGUCUUUCCUUGAGUUUAAAAAUCGACCCUGAAACACCAAUCUCGACUGGAUCGAAUCGAGCUUUAAAAUUGUAAUUUAUAACUUUUUGUAUUAUAAGAAGGUGCUCAUUCAAAGACCUUAAUUUUCACAGUAUGCGAAUUGAAAGAUGGUCGUUUUUUCUUUUGGAUUACUGACAAUACGACUUCAAGACUGCCAUUGUUAUUAGUUUUCCUUUGAGUUUAAUUAUGUGCAAUUUUACUGGCUGCUUCUCAGCAAUAAAUGAACGAAAAAACGUGUUCAAGACUACUGCUUACAGUUGUCGAUCUAUAAUUUUGGAGAAAUCUAUUAUUCCCGAGUAUGGACAAAGUUAUUGCAAGUAAAUAUUUGAUUUAAGGCCUUUAGACAGGCUAGAUUCUGUAUCCAUCUCUGCAUUUGUAUAGUUCCUUUUAAUUAUAUUUUUUACAACCUUUUUCUUCGCUUUUAACCAAAUGAAUACUUGCUAAUGUUGAAUGUGAUUUGCCAGUUUUCAUCACAUUAUGGACUGUCAGAUCACAACAUUCAUUCAAUAUAAACUAAAAAUACUCGGGAGGAACAAUGUAAAAAAUUUACAGAAUUGUAAUAAAUUUUAUAGCAGUGCUUUUAGAGAAGUUUACAAGCUUUUUUCAUUUCCAAAAAUUUAAUGUGAUGUAAUGAAAUGAAAAUAACGAAACGAUAUGUAUAACUAUCAUAAAAAUUUAUAAUUAUAUAAAUAUUGUAAUGAUUUAAUAAUUUAUUAACGGGUCUAUUUGUUAGUUAGAAAUCAUAAAUAUUUCUAGUAGAUUUCUGUGUUACCACAGUGUUAAGAAUGAUUCCUAUCUAUAAAUAUAUCACAAAGAAAUAAACAAAUGUAUUAAA